CGCUCGCUGCGUGCACUGCGCCUCCGCAUUUCUCGCCUCGCCCACCCCCACACGCAACCGACCGACCCAUCCUUACCACCCACCCCACCCCACGCUCCCCUCCUCCGCGGGCUUGGCAUUUCAACAAACACCUCGCGUGCACCUCCCUCGCCGCCACCUCCUCGCCGCGCGCCGCCUCCCACUCCUCCUCCUCCCGGCCUCCGCGCGCCACCGGCCUCGGCAGCUCCCCGUGGGACGCGGGGGAACAAGACGAGCCCGAGCAGGAGCAGGAGCAACAUGGACUGGGACAGCGCCACCCCCGGCUUCCGCGCGCGGGUGAAGGACCUCACCGGGCCACUCCCGGCCGAGCGGGAAGGGGUUGACGUCAAGGAGGAGAGGCUCCAUGAAGCGGUGGAGCUCGCCGUCGACUUCCACUCGGCGCUCGCGUACCACGUCGUGGGAUACGUGCGCGCCGCGCUCGGGGAGGACGAGUUGGCGCUCGAUUCCCUUCGCCUCGCCAGGGAUCUCGCCCCCAGCGACCUCGGCAUCGCCUUCACCCUCGCCAAGAGGUACGCCGCUAGGGAGCAGUUUGAUCUGGCGGUGGAAGCGUGCCAACGCGCGCUCGGCCGAGGUGACGCUGAUCUCGUCGACCCGCAGCUAAACGCCGUCUUCGAGUCCCGCCACUUGGAGCCGAGCAAAGAGGCGCGGAUCUCCACUGCUAAGAAUGGCCUCAAGCAACUCCUUAUCUCCGCCUUGUCGAAGAUCGCCAUCCCGAUGGCCCGAGAUCGUUGGAACGGCAUGAGCGAGGAGACGCGCCGCAGUUUCCUGACAGUGGGUAUUGACGAGAUGGUAGCAUACUGCUGUGCUAAGCCGUCUGACGAGUGUCAGAUGAGUGCUCUCACUGGUGCACUGGACUUUGUGAAGGACAAUAGAGAAUGGAUCUGCUGGCUGUGCCCUCAAUGCGAAAUGACUUUCCUCACUGCGAAGACCUUCCAGUUGCAUGUUGAGGAUGAUGAGUUCUCCCGGUCCCAGGAGUUCAAAGAAUCGCUGUUGUUUGUGCCGGAGAGGAUAUCUGAUGAACAGACAGAGUUUAUUAAGUGUUGGACUCUGCCAUCUGAUGUCAAUCCUACUGAAGAAGCUGAGGGAGAAAAGAUCUUGACCAAGAUCAAGAGUACAUUUCAGUACCUCAAGGAUAAGAAGGCUCUAUCUGUUGAUCUUUUUGACAACCUGAUCAAAUUCACGAAAAACCGGAUUGAAGAAGCUGUUACCCAAAAUUAUAGCUGCAUUACUUCUCUGGACCCUGGAGGGCUUCUGUUGCUGGGGACUUAUCUGGAUUUGCUUCGAUUGAGGGUUGGUGAUGCCGAGCAGGAUAGCCGUGAUAAUUUUGGUGGGGGAGUUGUUCAAGACGCUUGCGUUCUAUCUAUAGGUACUGAUGAGAAUGUGCUAAGAAUUACUGAUGGUUCUAGCAAUCAAGAUGCUCUGUUUAGCUGGCUAUCUAGACCUUCAAGACAAGACCCAUUUACAUCAUGGGACAACAUGAGGCAAGCCUGUCUAGAUAAGGGAACUCAUGCCCUUGGAAAGUUGAAUGGAAGGGCCGCUGCAUUGAUAGAGAAAGUUAAUCUGAAACGUGGCUUAACAGCGACGCAGACUUAUGAAGCUUAUUUUGGUGAAAAGGCUAAAAUAGAUAUUGAGAUCAUGCAAUUGGUUGCCGAAGUUGAUAAUUUGAAGAAAAACCUCUUGGAAGUCUGCACUUAUGAUUAUCGUGAAAUCAUUUUACCAGCUAUGAAAGAUUUCCUAUGGGCUAAACUGUGUAAUGUUCCACCUAAAGGGGUCUCAAGUUCUGAGGGUGAUAAAGUUUCUGAGGCAAGUAUUGAAAACAGAGAUCCAGUUCAAGAAGAUAUUAAUGCAGGUCUCAAUAUCAUCAGUCCUGAAUCAGUCUUACAAGAAGAUGAUGGAAAAGCUACCGAGGACAAUCUACAGGGUGGAGAUUCAACUGUGCCCGACUGUAAUGGUGUCGAAGAGCUUCCAGGCGAUAGUAAAGUACUGCAAUCUGGCAAGAAGCUUGAGUUGCCUCCAAGAGCUAACACAAGCACCUUGGGAAGCUCAGAGACUCCUAUGGAAAAGGAAAACAAGACUUCCUCACCAUCUGAUUACUCUGGCUCAAAUGAAGGGAGUGCAAACAUUUCGAGCAAUGGAGUAACUGGAACUGCCUAUCCAAAUAGUGAAAAUGAACUAAAGUCCUUGUUUUCGGCUCUCCUGUCAUUGUGGCACUUAAGGCCCUUCACUGAUAAGUUCAUGAAGAAAGCACCGCUUUAUCCUCAUUUUGGAGUUUCUGGAAAAGAUCGGAAUUGUAUGCUGUGCUACUUGUUCCAUAGUUUCAAUGCUUUUAGUGAUAAGAGUGACUCUACAGCAACUUAUCGACUGAGCUGUUUGAGACCUUCUUUUAUCAAGAUUUUAGAAGAGGCGAAUGUUUCGUUGAAGGAGGAAACAAAUUUGGCAGUGAAAUAUAUAGAAAUAGUGCUUAACAUGGUGCAUACAUCAGAAACUGCUAAAUGUAUCAGCAACAACAGUAAAAACAUUCUGUACAAAACAACACUCUUCUCCAGUUGUCCUGAUCAUAGAUGCCUCUCGCAUGAACUUUUUGGGAUGCACAAGAAUGCAACAGAGAGCACAUAUUUUCUCAACGUUGGUGCAAGUGAACUGCGGAAUAUUGAGAUGAACACUUUUGCCGAUGUCAUAAAAUCUGUCGACAAGAAGUUUCACUGUAAUACUGAGAGUAAUGCUCACAAUCAUCCGCCAUGUUACUUCACAACUGCUUUUGGCUAUCCAAGUGAGAAUGAUAGCCAUCUUGUCUCUGGAUUACUGGUCAGCAUAGCUGCCCCCUUGGACAUUAAUCCUGUUUAUGAAGGCCUGCACUCAGAAUGCAAGUAUACUAUGGUUUCUGCGGUAUUUCGUGCUGAGGGGCGAGAUAUCUGCCUUGCUCGAGAAGAGGAGAAGUGGCUUGUAUAUGAUAACUCACUCAGGGAAGUCAAGGAAUUUGAUUCAUGGGAGAAAGUGCUUGAAGAAUACAGUCGUUCCAGUUUCUGUCCACAGAUAAUCUUCUUCGAGCGUAUCGACCCAGUUUCAGAGGCCGCGGGCACAGAAGUCACAGUCUAGACAACUGCUUACAGUUCUACCUGGAAACCGAAUCAGGGGGCUAUUUUUGAUGGCUGAGUAAUCACCUUUUUAGUUAGAAUACAGAUAGCUUGAUGACGCAAAGCUGAAUUUUCUGUCAUGUACUGUCGAUAUGGCUUUCGUCUCUAUAUGCCUUGUCCUUAGCUUUACAGUUCUACUACCAGAUAUCAUACGCAGCGCAGGGUAGUAAGUAUUCCAGUUAUGCACUACUUUUAGGAUGAUAUACCAGGUAUCUUAAUUACUUCGAAACAGCUUUUCUUGAGUCCAGUUCUUGCACGAGUGUGGCCUUGGGACUGUUGCUGUGAUUGAGAAUUGGUCCUUGAUCAGUUGAUCCUUCCCUGCAGCGAAAAGUUUUUUUAAAAAAAA